CCGCUGAUCUCAAAGCUGCCAAAAGUGAUCUGGUUCUGAGAGAAUCAUUGCCUGCAAUUGCCUUUGAGUUUGUUUAUUGUGUUAAAGUUUGGAUUUUGUGUGAAAAAUUGAAUCAAUCGACAUGAAAUUGUUAAUCGUUUGCUGUUUGUUCGCUGGCGCGUUGGCUGCCCCCCAAUAUGGCGCCUAUCAUCAAAACCAAAACUACAACUAUCAACAAAGAAGUUUCGUCCCAAUUGUAUCCGAAAACAACGAAAUAAACCCAGACGGUUCAUAUCGCUACAGUUACGCAACUGCUGAUGGCCAACAAGCUCAAGCAUCCGGCUAUCUGAAGAACGCCGGCACGCAGGCGGAAGCCGAAGUAGCUCAAGGAUCGUAUUCGUACACUGCCCCAGAUGGUACUCCGAUCACAGUCAAUUGGAUAGCUGACGAAAAUGGUUUCCGUGCAGAGGGCGCUCAUUUACCUACACCACCACCAAUUCCGGAAGCUAUCCAACGGUCACUGAAUCUUGUUGGUGGAAACAGAUACAACCAACAACCAUACCAACAACAAACUUAUAACCAGCCCACGUAUUCACCACAAAGGCAUUUUGGUGGUAAUCGUUAUUAUUAGAUAUAGCUGUCUAGAAAUGACGUAAGAGAUUUGCUUUUAUCUACUCCACAUUGAUUUGUCGAAAUAGUGUGGAUGUUGAAGAACAUGCAUAUUUGAUACGUAAUUUUAUGAAUGUAUGUACAAUUUUAAUAUUUGUAAUAAUAAAAGCAUAAAAUAUUUUGAAUUUAAA